GUUUGCACGUGUCUUAACUCAAAAGGGCCAAAACUCCAGACUCAUUCUCAGUCUCUCCCUCUCUCUCGACUCUCCCGCCACCAUCCUCACAUUUCUCUCUCCGACCGGCUUGCAGGCGGCAGCCGCCGCUGCACCGCCGUCCAGGCUCAGUCAUCCGCCCACACGGUACUCCAUUUGUUGGGUCAUCAGCCCCUUAGUCGCCGCGCUUUUCACACUGUCCAAUCCGCCUAAAAUUCAAGUUGCUUCUGCUGUAUUGAAAUUACUCGAAUCUUUGGUCUUGAGAGAGAAGGAAGAAUGGGGUAUAUUGGUACUCAUGGUGUUGCAGCGCUACAUAAGCACAAGUACAGUGGUGUGGAUCACUCAUAUGUGGCCAAAUAUAUCUUACAACCGUUCUGGACUAAAUUCGUGCAUCUUUUCCCUCUAUGGAUGCCUCCGAAUGUGAUAACACUCAUAGGUUUCAUGUUCUUAGUGACUUCUGCACUGCUUGGAUUUAUCUAUUCACCUCGUCUGGAUUCACCACCACCUAGAUGGGUUCAUUUCAUGCAUGGAUUACUGCUCUUCUUAUACCAGACCUUCGAUGCUGUGGAUGGGAAGCAAGCAAGACGUACCAAUUCCUCAAGUCCAUUGGGCGAGCUUUUUGAUCAUGGGUGUGAUGCUCUUGGUUGUGCACUUGAAGCCCUUGCUUUUGGGAGUACAGCUAUGUGUGGAAGGGCAACUUUCUGGUUUUGGGUGAUUGCAGCUAUUCCAUUUUAUGGUGCAACAUGGGAAAACUACUUCACCAAUGUUCUAAUUCUUCCUGUAGUCAAUGGACCUACAGAAGGUCUCAUGCUGAUAUACUUGUGUCACUUCUUCACAGCUUUUGUAGGUGCUCAAUGGUGGGCUCAACAGUUCGGAAUGUCAAUACCCAUCUUCAGCUGGGUGCCGUUUUUGAAUGGCAUCCCAACAUACCAAGCUGCGUUGUAUCUAAUGAUAGCUUCUGGUGUGAUACCUACUGUUGCAUUCAACAUACAGAAUGUCUACAACGUAGUCAAAUUGAGAAAAGGAAGCAUAUUUCUUGCAUUAGCUAUGCUUUAUCCAUUCACGGUGCUCUUGGUUGGAGUCAUUGUUUGGGAUUACUUGUCUCCGUCUGAUAUAAUGGGUAACUAUCCCCAUCUAGUUGUAGUGGGAACAGGACUUGCAUUUGGUUUCCUUGUGGGAAGGAUGAUUUUGUCUCACUUGUGCGACGAGCCAAAGGGUCUCAAAACGAGCAUGUGUAUGUGUCUUUUGUAUCUACCACUGGCCAUUGCAAAUGCUUUAACUGCUAGGCUAAAUGACGGAGUUCCAUUAGUCGAUGAGCUAUUGGUGCUGCUCGGUUAUUGUGCAUUUACUGCUUUUGUGUACAUGCACUUUGCAACAUCAGUCAUUCAUGAAAUCACGACAGCGUUGGGAAUCUCCUGCUUCAGGAUUACUCGGAAAGAAGCAUGAGGAAUGUUCAAGUUACUGGUUAAUUUAUGGAGAUUUGCUUAUUCGAAAUGUAUUGCCAUAGAAUCAACUUUUGUGACUCAGAAAUUCGACUUCAGUUGCAGCAAGUCAAUGAAGAUGUUUUUCGCUCUUAAAUUCUACGAUAUUGAUUAGGUUUCACAACGGAAGGGUCGAUUAACAACGGAAGGGCGGAGUUGCAUAAAUCGACGUAUCAACAAAAAAAACAGAAGUGGGGGGUUGGAGAAAUCAAGUUUCAUUAUGUACUAUUUGUACUCUCUGCUUAAACUUAGAGUUUUGUAUCUUUGAGCAUUGUAAUUUUGUUACAAGGAUGUUGUGGGCUUUUGAAUUAUUGACACAAUAAAAGCUUAUAGGGAAAUAACUUAUUUUAUAUAUUAACGUGUUCGUUUGAAAUUGGAGAUAUUUAAAACUCCGGUGAAUUUUGAUUGAUAAAGGAGCUUCGUAAUUUA